ACACCGAGAAAUUUUCAGCGCCAUUGGUUAGCGGCGUAUUCCGUCCAUGGUGGUCCGCCGUUUUUGCAUACCUAACCCCAAGGGACCUACCUACCCAGGUGCCGAGAGUGAAGAUGAUGCGACGCAGCAGCCAGAACUAUGUCUGCUGGAGGUGUCUCUCUCUGAGACCAGCAGAGAGGGCACUACUUCCACGGCGAACUCCAUCGGCGACCGCAGCGUUUUCGGCAUUGGCAUCGACAACGCCCGCCCGAGGAGCACCGGUGUUGCUUCGACACCGAUAUCUCCCCCACCUUGCCCACCCCGACCGGUCGCAGUCCCGAUCCGUGUCUACCGAAUCUCCGGCUUCCGCAACGGUGUCUGAGACGGCUUCUGAUCCCCCUGCCGAUUUGACAUUAGACUGGGCAAACAGGGCCCGCACCCUCCGUUCAUCUUCCGAGCAGAGCAACAUCCGGGAGCAGCUUAGGAUAUGGGAGGCCCAAAACCCGGGUCGCCCCGCGGCCAUUCCCUCCGAUGAACCCACCGAUGGCAGAGUCGGCAACAUAUUCACCAAGGCCCGGGGCGAGGUUGGGUUUAGCCUAGAUGUCGCCACAAUGGAUGACGAGGCCACAAGGGCGCACUUCGAUGCCGCCGACAUGGUCGACCUGAGCCAGAGCGGCCCCGUGCUUCAGGCUGGGGAUCUUGUCGAAGUCAGCUCGGAAUCGUGGAAGAUCCGCCUUCUAGCUAUCUGCUUAGGUGUUUUUGAAGGCUACCACCACUUCUACGCCAAUAAUGGCAAGUGGUUCACAAGCCGAUCCCUCCGCACCGGUUUCGUCGUCAAGAACUUCAUCGAUGACCCCGCCGAGCUACACGCCGUUGUGGAGGCCAUUCCUUCGCUGUCGCCCUCUAGCAUUGAGCUCAACGCUCUCCAGGACAUCGGCCCCUCCCGCGACCUUGCUGCCUCGCUGAUUCGCAAGAUGCACAAAUUCCAGGUUGCUUCGCGCAACAUCCACCAGACCUAUGUCGAGAGACUGAGUCUCGCCGAUAAGCAACUCGGGAAGGAGGAGAGGCUGCUCAGCCUAAGGGAGAUUGCCGACGCGCUGCUUCCUCUCAGCCUCAAGCGGAACAAGGGGGCCUUUCCCCCCGAGGCUUUGUACGCCGUCUAUUCCGUCCUCGAUGCCGGCGACGUCGCUUUCCGCCCUCUCGACCGAGGAGCCCGCCACGGCGAAUCCUACAUGUUUGCCUUCCACUCGGCCGAAGUCCAGCAAAACGUCACCCGAAUCGAGCAACUUGUCCGUGGUUAUUACGAAUAUAUUGGUGGCCAGAGCGGGUCCGACAAGGGCCGUUCUGCACCGACUCCAGCCAAGUUCACUGCUUUUCUGAAGCAGGCUCGCGACAUGAUCGACCAGGUUCGCAAAGACCGUAAGUGGUCGCCGUAUGGUAUGAUAGGGCCGUCGGAGCAACGCGGUUCCGCGCCUUCUACGCUGGAGGUCCCUGUCUGGACCGAAACUAGUCUCGCCAUCCUCAAAUUCAUGGAGCAUUGGGCGGCAACGGACGGGUUGCGUUCUGGCUCGCGUUACCAUUGGAUCGGGGCCUCUGUCUUGCGAGCCGUCGGCCGCUAUGACGAUGCCAUGCUCGACAGUACUACCGGCUGGACCUUCUUGCAGGAGAUAGGUUGGAUUCCACCCUGGGACGUCAGCGCCCGCCAUGCUCUGCGCCUCCCGGAGCAAAAGCUCGACCGGCACAUCGGUCUUCUGCCGCACACGGCAUCUGAAGCCGCGGUUGCUGAGCUUGGCCCAGACCGGCUUGCCGAGCUUCGGCAGGAUUUCGCUCGCUCGACGGUUUACUGCAUAGACGCGGCCGACACACUCGACGUCGACGACGGAAUCUCGCUCGAAGCCUUGGGCAACGGGGAGUAUUGGAUCCACAUCCACGUCGCUGACCCGGCCUCCCGCAUCUCCCCCGACCACGAAAUCGCCAAGCAAGGGGCCUUGAAAGCGCAAACUAGCUAUUUGGCCGGCUUCUACCAACGCAUGCUUGACCGCGACGACGUCCGAGAUACCUUUUCCCUAGGCCCCAACCAACCUACCCUCACCUUCAGCGCUCGAGUCGACGAGAGCGGCCGUCUACUCGAUAGCAAGAUAACACCCGGGAUUUUGCGAGAUGUCGUCUACAUCACCCCCGAGGACGUGUCCUCAGUUGUGGGCGACGCUGACCCGUCAGCUUUGCGACCUGAUGUUCUCGAAGUCGGGACUCGCCCGGUUGAGGAUGCUUCGCCGGUGAGAAGGAUGACCACCCCUGGGGGUUUAUCAAGAGGGCAAACAAGUGAACUCAAGACGCUAUCAAAGCUAGCCGGGGCUAUUCAGCGCGUUCGCCUGGACAAUGGAGCCACCCCCGCCUUCCUACCUAAACCAAAGGCUGUGGUCUCCCUAGAUGGGGUUACGCCGGGGGCAACCAACGGCAAUUCGGCAUUCUACAGCGGUGACCCGUACAUUCGUGUCGUAUACGGUGGCCAAGGCAACUCCCUUGUCAGCAGUUUGAUGCAGCUGGCUGGUGAAGUUGGCGCUCGGUGGUGCUACGAGCGGGAAAUCCCCAUCCCCUACCGCCUGCAACUGCUUGCCGGCCAGAACUCGGACGCGCUGCGGGCGUUCAACCGCGAUGUUUUCCACCCCCAGCUGGCGGCUGGCAAGAACCCGCCGGCCGAAGACUGGCACACGCUACGCAGCCUCGUGGGUGGCUACGACAUCUCAACCACCCCGGCUUCCAACCUGUCCAUGGGCCUGGACCUGUACACCAAAGUAACAUCCCCGCUCCGCCGCUAUCCCGAUCUGCUCGUGCACUGGCAGAUCGAGGCCGCUAUCCUGGAAGAGCAUCGCCGCGACCAGUCUCUCGCCGUCAGAAAGUUUGUGGCCGGCAACAUCGGCAACGAGGCCGCCGCUCCCUCGGCCGACGGCAAGACAUCAAAGAAGGAACCCCUCGCCUUCCUCCCCUUCUCCAAGAAGCAGCUCGACGACACCGUGCUCCCGCGCCUGCGCAUCCGCGAGCGCCACGGCAAGCUGAUCGACAACGUCGACGGCAACAGCCAGUGGAUCCUGCAGGCGCUGGUGCGCGCGUGGCGCUUCGGAGACACCUCGGCCGGGUCGCCGCCGCUGCCCAAGUCGUUCCGCUUCACCGUCUCGGAUGUCACCGCCGGGCGCUCCCUCAAGGGGCGGAUCGACUGGUUCGACCAGCUGGCUCUCGUUGAGCUGGCGGAUAUGAAGGGCGUCGCGAGGGUCGGCGAUGUGAAAACCGGCGAUGUGUUCGAGGUGGAGCUGGCGAAUGUGAAUGUGCAUGCGAACAAGAUUUAUGUGAGGCUUUUGAAGAAGAUCUAGAGGGGCAUGUAUGCGGAUAGAACGGGAGUGGACAGCAAAGGGUUAAGAAAGCGUGAUUGGGAUGCUCCCACCACGCCUGAGGCUUCCUCGGGUCCCCAGCCUCGGACGAAGAUAAGCUGUACUGUCCAUGUACGAUGGAAACGAAACCAAAACUGGGGCUACCAGUCCCUGUACGAUUAGAAAGAGGUGUAAAAUAUAUCGCAUACACGGAGUAAUGAAUACCAGAUCUGACGUUCACUAGACCAACACUCUCGAAUCCGCGGCCAAGAGCAACAUGCGGCCAACGAAGCACACUGGUAUCAUUCAACAAGCAACCCAACAGGUAACCACCACACGAUAGGCAGCACUACAUACAUAGCUGCAACCCACCCAGCCCAUAAACAAGAAAAGCCGUUUUGAACAACAGCCCUGCCUCCCUCCCUCCCCACCGUGACCUCCCA